AUGCAUUUGGAAGUAUCAAUAAAGGACCCGAAAGACGGUAGGGUUCAUGUGGUCCAGGAGUUGACUACAAACGGCAUAUUUUUCAACAUGUAUAACCGGCAAAUAAUAGUAGCAUUUCUACUGGUACUCAUGGGAGUAACUAUUGCGGGAAUACCCAUUUGUUCAAACCUACCAAUAUUAUACAGUGUAGGAGCUCUAUGUGGGUACGGGUCUGGAGGUUUAGACACAGCACUGGUCGUAUGGAUUGUGGAAAUAUGGACCGAAAGAUCUCACUUAUACUUAGGAGGCGUUGAGUUCUUCUUUGGUCUCGGCUUAUGUGUGGCACCAAUGAUAUUGAGGCCAUACCUACCGGACUUUCAUUUUGACGACACUUUCAUAAAUACCAACCUAACUAUGAACUCAUCAAACAUAACAGACUAUAACAAUAGCACGAAUAGCAACACACAUAUCGAGCCUCAAAUCGAGAUCCCAUUUGCCAUAAACGGCUUAUUUCUAGUGGUCUCCGCGAUUCUGCUAUUAAUACUCCACUGCUAUCGACCGUAUAAACAUCACACACACCACAGUCAUCACCCGCACAAAAAGUUUCACGAUCAUUUCAAAAUGCCCGAGAAGUGGCCACUCAUAUACACCACGUUCGGUGUGUUUAUAAUCGGUAUAUUCUACGGCUUCGAGUUCAUGGUGUUCGAGCUGUUGCCCACAUUCAUCGAGAAGUCAUACCUCCAGCUGUCGGCCUAUAAGAGUGCCCUCAUAUACGCCAUAGGGACGGCCACAUUCACGGCCGCGCGCGGCCUAAACGUGUUGGUGUCCAUCAAGUUUUGGUCGAAAAACUCCAUUUAUUUGAAUCUAAUUCUCAUCAUAAUUGGAAAUAUUAUUCUCGUUUUGUUUGAAACUCACGAAUAUUCCGAAACCGUAUUAAUAGCCGGCGUUGUUGUGUUGUGCGUCGGUUUGUCCACUACUUACCCAUCGAUUUAUGCGUUUCUUGAGUCCCAGCUAUCAUUAGGAAAUACUGUGGGAGUAAUUAUUUAA